AUGUCGUCCUAUACUGGCGCCUCCAUCGCCGGCGGCGGCGCUGCCCGCGGCCGCAGCCGAAGCUUCGGGAACCGCAGCAGCAACGGGGCCGACGGCAAUGGCGCCGGGGUGUUCGUGAGGGCGGGGGCCGACAACGAGAUGUACGUGCGGGCGGACAAGAUCGACUUCAAGAACCUGGACGUGCAGCUGGAGAAGACGCGGUCGCAGGUAUGGCUGGAGCACCAGCGGUCGCAGCGGUCGGCGUCGCCGCGGCCGGAGACGCCGCUGCUCGAGUGGGAGAUCGACCUCGCCAAGCUCGACAUCCAGAACCAGAUCGCGCAUGGCACCUUCGGCGUCGUCUACCGCGGCACCUACGACGGCCACGACGUCGCAGUGAAGGUUCUGGACUGGGGGCAUGAUGAGCAGGACACAGCGGCGAAGCACCGCGAGGCCUUCGAGAAGGAGGUCGCCGUCUGGCAGAAGCUUGACCACCCCAACGUCACUAAGUUCGUGGGCGCGUCGAUGGGGACGUCGCAGCUGAAGAUCCCCACGAAGGGGUCGACCUCCUCCUCCUGCGGCGGCCGCACCACGCCGAACGAGUGCUGCGUCGUCGUGGUCGAGUUCCAACACGGCGGCACGCUCAAGACGCUGAUGUACAACCACCGGGACAAGAAGCUUUCCUACAGGAAGGUCGUCCGUCUCGCGCUCGAUCUCGCCAGAGGGCUGAGCUACCUGCACUCGAAGAAGAUCAUGCACCGCGACGUGAAGGCGGAGAACAUGCUGCUGGACCGGAAGCGGACACUGAAGAUCGCCGACUUCGGUGUGGCACGCGUGGAGGCGCAGAGCUGCGAGGUGACGGGGCAGACAGGCACGCUGGGCUACAUGGCGCCGGAGGUGCUGCAGGGGAAGCCGUACGACCACAAGUGUGACGUGUACAGCUUCGGCAUACUGCUGUGGGAGACCUACUGCUGCGCCAUGGCCUACCCCAACUAUAGCCUCGCCGAUAUCUCCUACCACGUCGUCAAGCUGGGCAUCCGGCCAGACAUCCCGAGGUGCUGUCCACGGGCGAUGGCGGACAUCAUGACACGGUGUUGGGACGGGAACCCAGACAACCGGCCUGAGAUGUCGGAGGUGGUGGCGCUGCUGGAGAAGAUCGACACCAGCAGCGGCAAGGGUGGCAUGACCCCCGUCGACGACGUCGCGCAAGGGUGCUCCUGCUUCGGCUUCAACCGCAGCGUCGCCUAG